AACCAGGUCGUGGUUGCGACCACCUUUUAUUCCCUUUCUCCCCUCUUUUUAUACACAACGUCUAUGUCUGAGCACCCAUGUCAUCUUGUUCCAAUACCAUUUUAGUCUCAACUAUUCCACGGAGUCAAUGGGGUUGAAUUCAUCAGAAACUUAUCAGAAUUCCGGCACCGGCAGGGUUGGCUUCACCGCCGCCUCCGCCUCCGCCUUCGCCUUGAGGGAGGCAUUCCGAAUCCUCACCACCAUCCUCCUGAGUCUUCUCCUCCCUCUCUCAUUCCUCCUCCUUGCCCGGAUUGCCACCGCUCAUUACCUUCUCUCCGUAUCCGAUUACUACCCCAUUCCAACGCAGCCCGCAUCUUCAUCUUUAUGCGCACUUCUCUUAUACACUAAAAACCCCUCAAUUCUCCACUUGCUUGUCUCUCUCAUUAGCGUAUCAUCUCUUACUCAUGCCUUAACCGGCAAUACCAGCCAAUCCCAGGAGCCCUUAACGCGUCCCCGUUUGUAUACCGCCUGGAUUUUGCUUUGCGUUUUACAAGUUUGCGUCGGGUUAGGAAUUGAAGGGAGCAUAGCCGCCGGAAUCGACGGGUCGGGGUUUGGUCAAGAGAAUAGCUUUUUGUGCAGGGUGAUUUUCUUUUUCGGGUUGCAUGAAACGAUGCUGUUCUGGGGGAGGACGGUGGUGAAGCCGGUGGUCGAUGACACGAUCUUUGGUUAUUGGAGGAAGGAGGGGUGGGUGGAGAAGGUGGCAUUAGGGCUCAGCUACGGCGGAUUGUGGUGGUGGCGGCUGAGGGAGGAGGUGGAAUCGCUGGUUAUGGUGCCGGAGGUGAAGAGAGAGCUGAUGAUGGGAAUUGGGGUGGCAGAUUUUGUGGGGUGGUGGCUGUAUUAUCUGACGGUGACAAUUGGGAUGGUUAGGGUAAUCAAAGGUUUAGUUUGUUCGGUGGUGAUUUUUACACGUAGGAGAGAGGGAGGGGAAAGCCGGCCAAAUGAUGACAAAAAUGGGACCGGUUCAUUCAUAUCAGUUUGAUGUUUCCUAAAUUCUCUGGGGGUUGUUUACGAGGCUCCAUCAUUUCACGCGUUGAUGUACGAAGAGCAAUUCAUUUUUUAUUUUUAUUUCAAUACAUAACAGAAAUGUUUUGUUGUACAAAAAAUGAUGUUGUCAAUUUUUUUUUCUUGUGUGAAAUUUCAAGCGAAAAUAGCGCACAAAAGAAAGAUUAUAUGGAAUUCAAUAGCUUAAUUGGGUUUUCACGAAAUCUUGUUCAAUAUAUCUGUGAUUUCGGAUAGCAGA